AUGGACCUGUUUAUGUGUAUAUGUGUGGGUAUAAUUCCAGUAAUAUCUGAAGCAUUCACUGUGCACGGUCCCUCUGCUCUUAUGUUUGCUCAUCUGGGAUCUUCAGUGGUUUUGCCCUGUUAUGUUGAUGAACUCUUGCUAAUGAAGGAUCUGAGGGUUGAAUGGAGAAGAACAGACUCAGAGACUCUGGUUCAUCUGUAUCAAGAUGGUGAGAGUCGACCAGAGUCUCAGGAGCAGGAUUAUCAUGAUAGAGCUAAUUUCUUUACUGAUCAGAUUCAACAUGGAAACUUCUCUCUCCGUCUGGACAAUCUGAGAGCUGAAGAUGAGGGACGAUACACAUGUAGAGUUUACAGUCAGCAGGAUUCUGGAGAGACUGUGGUUCAGAUAAAACAUGAGUGUUUGAUAGUAUCAGGAUCAGAUCGGGCUGUAUCUGCACAUGAUGGUGAGGAUGUCACUCUGAACUGCUCUAUAGACUCUCACAUCAAACCUGAACACAUUGAAGAGAUUUUAUGGAGGAAAACAGAUGGAGAUAUUCUGGUUCUGUUCUUCCAAAACAAUAAGACUUUACCAGAUUCAUCAGAUGAGCAAUACAGAAGCAGAGUUGAGCUCUUCCCUGCUGAAAUCCCCAAAGGAAACUUCUCUCUCAGACUGAAGAGUGUCAGAUCUGAGGAUAAAGGAGUUUACAUGUGUCAAGUGUUUGCUGGAGGACUUUCAGCCAAUGCAACUCUGGUACUGGAGAAACUGGAAACAAUGACUAAAUACACCAAGUUGAUUCAGUUCAGUUAUUCCUGA